AUGGUUGGAAUUGGGGAGCUUGCUGCGGGGGGUGCUGUAGGACUAGCAUUUACUUUGCUGUAUGAUGCCGCUAGCACGCUGGUCAUCAAAACCAAGCAGUUUAGACCCCUUCUUAAAGAGGUCAUAGUCACAUUAGACUACUUAAGACCACUGAUCAAACAGAUAGAAGAUGGUCACAGGGAACUGGAUCACUCAAAUGAAAGUCUGUAUUUCUAUUUCAAGAACCAAAUGGAGAAGGGCACUAGGCUAAUUAACAAGUUGUCCAAAGUUGGUACUUGGAAUUUGCUCAAGCCUCAUUACAGUAAUAAGCUUGUUGAAUUGGAUACAUCUAUCUGCAAGACGAUACAGAAACUAACACUGGAGGGAGUAAGGGAUACACAAGAAACAUUGGCUUUGGUGAGGUCUAUAGACAGCAAGUUGAAGCAAAAUGAGCUGCAUGGUCAGGAACAAAAUCAAAGUGGUGAAACUAGAGCAACAGCACCAUACCCACCAUUCUCCCCUAUUGGAUUGGAUAAGCCUCUAAGGGAAUUGAAGAUGAAGCUUCUUCAUGAUGAUCAAGUUUCAAUGCUUUCGGUCACUGCUCCUGGAGGGUCCGAGAAAACUACUUUGGCUCAAAUGGUGUGUCAUGAUCAAGAUGUCAAAGAUAAGUUCAACAACAUGAUCUUCUUUGCAACUGUUUCAAGCAAACCCGACUUAAUCGGGCUGCAAAAGUCUCUGCAAAAUUUUUUGGACCAAACAAAAGAAAAUGCUGCACUGUUGGUCUUGGACGAUGUUUGGCCCCAGUCAUCAGGAAACCUUCUUGAAGAGUUCUAUCAUCUUAGCCAAGGGUCAAGUUACAAGACUCUAGUGACAUCAAGAUAUUCUUCAAAAUAUGGUUCUAAUUAUGAUUUAGAUCCGUUGACUAUAGAUGAGGCGUUGACUCUUCUGAAGAACUCUACAUCCCUGGAUUAUUCCUCUGGUACUUUAGAUGAACUAAUGGAACAGAUAGUAAAGUACUGUAAGAGAUUUCCACUUGCUAUUACAGUGGUUGGAAAAUCACUUUUUAAGGAGAGUAUAGAGAUGUGGAAAGAAAAGGUAAUAGAAUGGUCUAAAGGUCCUAUUCUUGAAGAGCAUACUCUUUUGCGUGACUGCCUCCAACCCAGCUUAAAUGUUUUAUAUGAAAAUGCGUCUGAAGAUGGGGCUAUCAUCAAGGAAUGUUUUAUAGACCUUGCUUCACUUCCUGAAGAUGGAAGAAUCCCUGCUGGUUUGCUCAUUGAUAUGUGGGCAGAGCUACGUAGCCUAUGCGAAGAUAGGUCUAUUGUGAAAUUACAACAACUCAACAAACAUAAUUUGGCCAAACUUGUUGUCACAAGCAAGGGGAAUGAGAAUGUGGAUAGCUGCUACAGUGAACAGUUUGUUACGCAGCAUGAUCUGCUUAGAGAGCUGGCAUUGCAUCAAAUUCGUCAGGACCUAGAAGGAGAGAACAAAAGGUUGAAUGUUCUUCCACAACGGUUGACACAGAAGAAGAAUAAGCUCAAGGAAACUCAUUUGUUAUCUGUAUCAACAGAUGGAAUGUUCUCAUCAAAAUGGGACAACGUGCAUCUACCAAAGGCUGAGGUUCUGAUUCUGAAUUUUCAGACAAAGGAUUAUGCCUUGCCUAGAAAAAUGUCCCAGGAAUUGAAGGUUCUAAUAGUCAGAAACAAUGGUUCAUCACCUGCCAAAAUAAGUAAUUUAAAACUCAUGAGUUCUUUAACUACUUUGAAGAGAGUCAGACUAGAGCGCAUUUCCAUUUCUUCCAAAAGCUUGAACAAAAAGAAGAAGUUGAAAACUCUUGAGAAGAUAUCUUUGUUCAUGUGUUACUUUGCUCAACCUGCUAGCAAGUUGAACAAAAAGAAGAAGUUGAAAACUCUUGAGAAGAUAUCUUUGUUCAUGUGUUACAUUGCUCAACCUGCUAGCAACAGUUCCGUCCGGUUUUUUGAGGCCCUGCCAAAUCUGGUGGAGAUAAACAUCGAAUAUUGCAAUGAUUUGGAGGAAUUACCUGCUGAUCUCUGUGGUCUUAAGUACUUAAAGAAGCUCGUUAUCACCAACUGUCAUAACCUAUCUUCCUUGCCUGAAGACAUUGGAAAGCUGAGCAACUUAGAAGUCCUAAGGCUACGGUCUUGCACAAAGCUGGAAACUUCAAAAGACUCGCUUGCAGGCCUCAAGAACUUGAUUUUUCUCGACAUAUCUGAUUGCUUUAGCAUAAAAGAGUUGCCUAAAGACAUUGGUCAACUGAGCGAGUUAAGGAAGAUUAACAUGAGACAGUGUGAAAGAUUGCAGGAACUACCUACAUCAAUCUGGGAUCUUCAGGAUACAUUGAAGGAAGUGAUAUGUGACGAAGAGACUGAAGAGUUAUGGGAACCUUUCAAAAUGAUCAAAAACUUGCGCAGAACAGUGGUCAAAGAAGAGUUCAACCUACGUUGGCUCCUUGGUCACUGA